AUGGCACCUAGUCGACUUACAGAAGAGGAUGAUGUAGCUGUCCCCGAGAUCAGUUACGACAUUAACCUGCCAUAUAACCAUGUAUCCGAUGAAUACGACCAGAGCUCAAAGCGACGAACAGAGUUUCCAAGUUACCUUCCAUCGUGGGAAGACGAUGUCUGGUUCGACGAAAUACCGCACUUCAAGUACUAUGACCCAGCUCUGCGGGCCGAUAAGUCCAAGCCAAACCUUUUUAAUGGUGGUGUUAAAGCCAAACACAUCACACCUAAAAUGGGAACCAUUUUGACUGGCGUAAAAUUAGAGGAGCUCUCUGAUGAAGGCAAAGACGAGCUUGCUCUUUUGAUAACCGAACGAAAAAUUGUUGUACUCCGUGAACAAUCAGACUUCCUUCACUCCGGACCUCAAUUCCAACAAGACUUCAUGUCGUAUUUUGGACCUUUGAGCAUCCAGCCUGUAUCUGGUUCCGUCAAGGGACACCCUCCUUUCCAUGUUAUUCAUCGCGACCACAACGAGGAAGAAAUCGCAAAUUUCUUCCAGAAAAAGUUGACCUCAACACUCUGGCAUCAUGAUGUCAGCUACGAAAAGCAGCCACCUGGAUAUAUUAUGCUUGGCACAUGUCCCGAUGUUGGUGGUGACACCGUCUUUGCCGAUACAGUGGAAGCCUACAAACGCCUUUCACCUACAUUUCGCGCCAUGAUUCAGGACUUGAAGGCGACUCAUUCGUCACAGAAGAUGAUCGGUUAUGCCCGUGCUGCACGAGGAACCGUCCGAACCGACCCGAUCGAUUCCCUGCACCCUAUCGUUCGCGUACAUCCCGUCUCGGGCGAAAAGGCCCUUUAUCUCAACUCGGAGUUUUUAACCGAUAUUGUCGGGCUCAAGGAUGGAGAGAGAGAGAUGCUUAUGAAAUUCUUGGUCGAUCAUGUUUGUAUGGGUCAUGAUUUCCAAGCUAGAGUAGGAUGGGAAAAACACUCAGUGGUUAUGUUUGAUGGAAGAAGCACUCUUCACACCGCGACCGUAGACUAUGAUUCCCGUAUCCAAGCGCGCCACCUGUUCCGCUUGGCAGCCAUGACGGAAAAACCCAUCUCGGUCGCUGAAUGGGAAGCCCAUCUCCAUGAUGACAAAUCUUCCGAGACGUCGGAAUCUUCAAAUUCGAGCGUGAGCUCGGAUUAA